GAGAGGCGGGGUACACCCUGGACUGGUCGCCAGCCAAUCACAGGGCACAUAUAGACAAACAACCAUUCACACUCACAUUCAUACCUAUGGACAAUUUGGAGUCGCUAAUUAACCUAGCAUGUUUUUGGAAUGUGGGAGGAAACCGGAGUACCCGGAGAAAACCCACGCAUGCACGGGGAGAACAUGCAAACUCCACACAGAGAUGGCCGAAGGAUAGACCUCCCUUUGGUUAGCAGUGUGAGCUUCAGAGCGUAUGGCUGUGAAGGUGGCAACCAUCGGUCUCCUCCUCUUCUUCCUCCUUGUUGGAGGUUCUCUGAACAGUUUGGAGGAGACCGAGAGAGGCUGCAGGAAAUGGCAAGUCAGGGGCAAAGAUAUUUGCUGCGAUGAAUGUCACCGAGGGAACCGUUUGGUCUCUCACUGCGGCCCGAAACCACAAGAUCUUUGCACUCCUUGCGAGACCGGAACCUUCACAGAGAAGCCCAGAGUGUUACGAUGUUCCAGAUGCAGUCAGUGCGAAGGUGCACAGGUUCUAGUGAAAAAGUGCACAACCACAACGGACACUCAAUGCGGAUGCAAAGAUGGACUCCUCUGUGGUGACGAGCGCUGCUCCUUUUGUUUUGAAAAAUGCAGCAAAGGAGAGGAACCCACUGAGAAAAGAUCGUGUAAAAAAUGUCCAAAUGGGACCUUCAAUGACCAAAAUCAUCAGCGGUGUAAACCUUGGAGUACAAAGUGCCCUUAUCCUGAUCAGCGUAUCGUCGCUGGCGGUGAUGCCUUCAGUGACAUUAAGUGCAGCAACGUUUCACUCGGCAGUUUGAAAGUACUCGAAUCAGAUCAUACAGCACACGUGUGGCCAAUAGUUUUGCCAGUGGUCCUGAGCGUCUUCUUGGUUCCGAUCAUGAUUGUCAGCAAUCUUAAGAGAAAAAAGAAGACUAAAGAGAAAAUUGCCAAAGAGCCAAUAAUACGAACACCUACAGAUGAUCCCGAGACUUUAAUAGCAACUGAAUGUAGUUUCCACGAAGCCGAGGAAGAGCAGGGCAGUAGCAGCUCUGAGUCUUUAGUCUCCAAAGAUUCCCAGGACCACCUUUUGGCAUGAAUGAAAAAGCAGGCUAACCUGUUACGCUUUUAGUAAAUUCAACAGAGGCAUCCACUGUCUGUUGAUCCUGGUUCACCUGUGGCCGACGGUUUUCAGUACCUGACAAAAGAGAAAGUGUCUGCACUCGGAGACAAUAACAAAGGGAAGUCUGGGGGAAUUCUGUGGAAAACAGAAAGUGCAUCACCUUAAUGACAACCAAGUGACGCUGCAGUAUUACAUGAAAUGAUGGCACCACAUCAUAAUUAUUAUUUAGUUUCAUCUUUGUGCACAAACAACAUAAGUAGACCGUAGCGUGUGGUCAGCAAUGUGACGCUGCCUCAUGCUUGUAAAUCAUGUAAAUAAGGGACAUUUUCCAGGAAAUAAGGGACAUUCUGGGGUUUCCACGAACAUUUUGUGACAGCUGUCUCGUUCAAAUGUCUGCGUGUGUGUUCGGCGGGGGCAGUGUUGGUAGAUAAGAGAUAAGCGGAAAUGAUGUCAUCACUCAGCCAAGCCACAUCACAAUGAGGCAUAUACAGUACAGCAUUUAUGGUAAUAAAACACGCCACUCAUGCUGGGACUUGCCUGCUUAAUUGCACUAAAGCAACAACAGGGAUUCCCAUAUCAAACAUUUGAUGAGAUUACAUCGCAGCACGGUCAGCUGGGUUAGGCUCCAGCUCACCUUAAUGAAGACGAGCUGUUACGCGCAAUGGAUGGAUGCAGAUUACAUCCCAAUGAGUCAUCUUCCUAGGUAGUUUCUAUUGAACGCUUCAGUUGAAAUGAAACACACAUCACAGCUUGGACGGGAUAAACAAGUCAUGGAAUCCCCCCCCCCUCACUUACAGUAUAUCCUGUACUUUUGCACUCACUUGAGUGGGCAACUGAGAGCAAGGGGACUUUUUUUUUAUGUGAUUCUGACCUUUGCAUAACGCAUGAAUGAGAUGACAUGGAACAUUUAUGUAUGAGUCAAAAGCAACCGUUUGUCUCCUCAUAGAAGUAAGCUUUAUGGAAUGUAAAUACAGCCAAUAAAACAUUAUUCACAUUGAGAAUCCAUUUCAUUUUUAUAGAAAAACACAUUUUAUGUGCUUUAUUUGUACAAAAUGGGGACUUCAAAUGAAGUGACACUUUGUCAUUAGCAAAUAAAAAAUACAUGUACGGAGUACGCCUUCGCAGAUAUGUUGCUUAAACCUCAAUGCAUAAUUGCCUUUAAUAGUACAGCUAAAACUACACAAAAAAUAUCCAGAUGUACAGUACAUGAACGUGCUUGGUUGUAUUCAAACCAAUGUUGGCAUGCUGCUCCGAGUGACAAAUAUAACAACAUAUAUUGUUUAAAUAAACCUCCAAACAAAACACGCCACAAUUCCCUUAAACAAUUCCAGUUCAUUGUUUACAGGAAUAUUCUACAAUGAUAACCAUAAGUGCUGGUGGGGCUUCUAAGCUAAUUUCCACAAUUACUGGAUGAUAUAAGUUGUCAUAUUUAGUGUAAAAAAUGUAAUAUGUGCUGUAAGUUUAUUGCUGCUUACAAUUUUCCUUCUUUUCUUUGGACUUAGCACGUCCUGGUUUCUCUGUUGGACGCUUGGUGGGCGGGAUGAAGGUCGGCUCCUCAGGAAGCGACUGACUGAUAGGGCCUACGUUGGAGGAAAAGGAUGUCAGCGUCUGUCUAUUGUUAGCAAUAACGCAUUACGCUACCGGUUUGUCCCAUUUGGAGGAUGUCUGCUCCUUGGCUCCUGGCCUGGAAGGUUGGGUCCAGCUCCUCCGCAAUGUUCCUUAGCUGCUGAGAUUGUCUGGAAAAGACAACACGUCCACAUCAGCACAGUCAAAUGCAUGACGUCAAAAAUAAAAACAGAACAUGUUGAUGCUGAGACAAGUACGGCGGUGUGGAGACGAUGCUCGGAGGCUGGUUCUCUGGGGGGCAGUCCUCAGUGGGGGAGGGAAGACCCUCAGAGUCUAGCCUCUCUCUCUGCACCUGACAAAGGACAACACAUGCUAAUCAGUUAAACCAUGCACAGAAUGGUGGUACUUUGGUUUUUGUUAAUCUGUUCAAAAGGGUCCAUCAGAAACCAAAUGAUAAAAUCCAAUUAAUCCUUUCCAGACACUCAAAAAUAUUAACACAAAACACCUUCUAUUAGAAAAUAUUAGUUCUAGUACGUGCAGAAAGCAAUACAAACUACAUAUAAACCAUGAUGGGAAUGGAUGAAUCAAUAUGUAAGAUCAGUUGGCAAAGCCCCUUCGUGUUUUGCUAUGAUACGUUCUCGAAUUCAAUAGUUUCUCACCUUCUUCGUUUGGCCCCGUGGUGGGUUAUUUUGCUACUGUACUCAAUUUUUAAAAAGUACAGACUUGUAGUCAGUUAGAAAAACUACAGAGGCAACUGAUGAUGAUGUCAUGGAGGAGCGACAGAGACGACAAACCAGAAUGUGAACAAAAACUGAACCAUAUCUUUAACGUUUGUAUCAUAUUAUGAUUAUUGUCAAAAACAGAAUUCUAGGAAAACCGAAUUCUAGGGGCAUUUGAAAACUGAAGUAACUGUAAAGUAAAAGUGAUAAUCCCAUAUGAAUGGAUUCUUGCAUGUUACUCCUAACUCCUAACAUGCAAGAUGUCUCCCACCUGUCUCUCUCUUGCAGUUCUCCUGUCAUGAUGAUUCAUCAUGGCUCUGUGCUCACGCCAUGAUGCCGGUCCUUCGAACUCACGUGAUCUGCGAUUUAACUUUACUUCUUGAUUUUGCAUGUAAUGAGCAAUUUCCUAAAAAAAAAAAAAAACAACAAUGAGCCUCAUUCCCCAACAUCUUCCCAUGAAUCUUCCUACACUCAGAUUCAGAUUCAUCAACGUGUCCGUAAAACACAGAAUUGUUGUUGGAUCCCAUGUCCAUCAAGGUGAGACAUAUUAAAGAUACGUCAAAUAAAAAAGAUUUUAUUCGGCAGUACUUUAGUGGAGGACCAAAAAAUAACAUGAAAAAACAAAUAAACAUGACUUAUCAAUAUUAAAUUGGAUUUUAAUGAGCUGCAAAAAAGCAGACUACACAACCAAUGUGCCAAAAUGAAAGGUUAUUCGUGAAUGCCAUAAUCAUAAUCUUAAAGGGAUAGUUCAGAUUUGUUGACAUUUUUUUGACACUUACCGGUCGAAGAUCUGUCGUUGGGGCUAAUUAAAGGGGACCUAUUAUGCUAAUUUUUUGUAUUGAGUUGUGGACUCCUACAGAGCAGCUACACACAGUAACCAGCACAGAAAGCUUUCUAGAAAUUCCAGAAUCUGUACCUACGUAUACCAGCUGCGACAGUACACAGGGAUAUGGCAGGAGACAAAAAAACGGCAAGCGUUUUGUGAGGUCUGAUUUUUUUUUGAGGAAGCAUUUUUGUGAUGCAAAUGUACUCUUUUGAACGCAUAUUGUUUUGAGAAGCCAAACUGUUCCAAUUGGGGUGGUGGAGUCACUGUUGUUGUCCCACAAUGCUGACAAGGAUGUCAGCCAACUUCAUGGCCAGAAAUUCAAGACGUAAGAACAAAUUUCUUGUUAAGAACAACAAGGCCCCGUGUUACAGAUUGUUUAAAAGGAUGGAUAUUGCACACUGGAGACAGACUGACAAAAACGUUAUGUGACAUCGUACCUCAUCUUGGGCCACCUGUGCGACUCGGAAGUCCCCCUGUGGGUAACAUCUGUGCGUAUGCUGUGAGGUCAGAGAAAAAAAAAAUGUUGAAAAGAAUGACGAGUGGCUCUAAGUCACGUUAAACAUCCCAUACCCGAGCAAACUGUGACUCUUCUUCUUGUAGCUUGCGGGCCAGCACUUCAUCCCGGAGAACCUGCUGGAGUUCCCCCAUGUUGAAGGUUGUCUGCCCUUUCCUGGGGGUUGGCGAUGUUCCUACGGAUUUGACAGUGUCAGGCAUGAAGUCAAGUAAAACUUGACACUAAAUGAUGAUAAACCACCAGAAUGAAUGAUGAAUCAAAGUAAAGGAGAGGUGGAAGUGAAAAGAAAAUGAAACAACAUUUCCAACAAUUCAUGAGAAUGGUGCAUAAAGGCACGUUGACCCUGAAGUCCUCUUUCCUCUACUAGCUACCUCAAGACGAUUCAUGAAAAAAAAACAGAAAGUGAGACACACACACACAUGGACUUCAGUCAGGUUAACAGAGUUGUGGUAAACCAGAAACAGGAUAGGAGUCGGUAAACCUCAAAGAACCCACUAACAAAGAGUUUGUCCAGAUAUGAUGAUGAUGAUGAUGAUUGGAGAAGACAGAGCUAAAAUAGCAUUGGAAGCAUUCCUCCUGCAAGGUGCAGUUGGCUGAGGUUCUGGUCGUUACGGUACCUGCUGCCAUGCGUCUUGACCUGGCCCAGCUGCUGCCGAGGGCUCUGCCAAGGGGCUGCUCUACUCCCCUUUCCAUCUCCUCCUCAGAACAGAAACGUUCGAUUGUGUUGUGCCAAUGCCUGCCAGCUGUCCUCCUGACCAUGCCAUAGCUCUCGUACUCAUAGUCAGGCCUGUGCUCUCCCCAACAUCUACCGCAUGGCACUUCUCUGUUUGACAGACUGGAAUCUCUGCUACUGAUCUCAUAAAGCUCUCCAUAGUGACUGUCAUCAGAUCCUCUGUGAUCCCUUUCACUGUUCUCCCUGUGAGACAAUCUCCUUCUUUCCCUAAUGUCUCCAUGGAAACUGUGUCUGGCAGAGGCAGCUCUCUGGAAGGGUGUCUGAGGUGGCUGGGAGUCACCAUAAAAGACCCGACUCCCAUGAAGCACUUGGCUAUGUCUGCUUUGAGGACCUAUUUUCAGGGGUGCACCACUGCCCCCAAGGCUGACAGGGACACCUCGCUCUUUGAGGACAUGGCCGAGCAUCUCCCAUACCUCCAUGUUCGUGUCCUGGCGCUUGUUUGAGCUCCCGGUGUUGGCCGCAAAGUGGACAUGUUUGUCAGGAUUGUCUCUGUAGGUCCAUGUUCUGGUUGAGUCUCGGCGGCUUUGAUUCAUAGCGUCAUGGAGCCUGACAGAUUCACUGCGACGACAUGGUCGUUCUCCAACCGCUACUGACCUUGAAGCUUCAUUCUGAUUACUGUACAUUGUCCAAGUCCCAGUUUCCGUUCUGUAGCUUCUUUCCCGUUCCCAGUCCCUUGCCCUCCUCUUGUCUUUAUCACCAUUUUCAUACUUCUCCCAGCAAUGGAACUCCUCUGUGAUACUGUCAGGAGUGUAAAGAGUCCUGUAGUCUCUCUCUCUCGGCAAACGUAAGGAUGAUCUGCGAUGGAGGGGUGCUGUAUUGUGUCUUUUAUUUGGUCUCUGUUCCAAGUAAACAGAGUCCUCACAGUCUGCAUGCAUCUGUGUCUCUUCCAAUGCUCUCCUAAGUGCUGCACGGGAAUUUGCAUGUCCUUCAUCCGACCAUGAAUUUAUGGUUUUGUGAUCUGUCACUCUGCCAGGGUAGUAAACUGGAGGCCUACAGUAAUCUGGGUGGCUAGACGUGUUAAAAUAUUGCCACCUGGUGGUGGUUGGUGAGUACUGCGCCUCGUCUUGAUGGUGUUGGUUGAGUGUAAACUGCUUUGGUGAUGGCGGAGCAGAACCGCUGAAGCUGCCUUUAUUUUAGCCAAACAUGCAAACACAAAGGUAGGGGGGUGAGUGGAGAGGUUAAUGGAUCCUAGAUAAGAGCAGUUAGUGAGGUGGUAACAUAUUGGCAUCAAUGUCUUAAUAAUGUUACAGUACAAACCGUGCUUGUUAAUCAGUGUCAAUGGCAACAUGCUCACAGCAGUGACAGCUAUAUUAAACCUAUUUGCGUUUCUAACACCUGAGUCAAAUUAUUCAAUCCACAAUUAUUAUGUACUGGUUAAAAUAAACAUGAAUUUCACACUUCAUUGAGUUCACCUGCACAAUGUAAUGGGAAUCAAUUUAAUAGUUUUGUGGAGAGGGGGGCAUUACUUCCAAACGUUACUGUACGGACAACCAAAAUAAA